AUGGCCGGAUACGCAAGCCCACCACAGUUAGAGGAAGCUACGGACCACUGGCCGGCAUAUCUAGUGCGGCUAGAAGCUUUCUUCGAAGGCAACGGCAUCACGGAAGAAAAGAAGAAGCGAGCAUUGCUCGUAGCAGGACUCAGCACCCACACUGUGGCCGUCGUCAGUGGACGCUGCGCGCCAACAAAGGUGAACGAGCUGUCAUACAAAGAAGCACUCGACAUACUGCAGAAGCAUUUUUCGCCCAGGCGGAAUGAAAUAGCCCAAUCCUACAAAUUUUUCUCACGCAACCAGAUGCCAGAAGAGCCAGUCAGAGAUUUUCUUGUAGCCAUUCGGCAAUUGGCGGAUACCUGCAACUUCGGCACUUCACUUGACAGGAUGCUCCGGGACCGGAUAGUUUGUGGCUUGCAAGAUAACUUAGUACGUCGUCAACUGCUUGCGAAAUCAUCCUUAACAAGAGGCGAAGCAGAGGAAAUCGCUUUAGCAGUGGAAAUGGCGAAAGAAAACGUGAAGACGCUGAGGACUCCGCCUGAAGACGAAGGCGUACACGUGUUGAGAAACAUGGAUGCACGAGGUGAAAGUCGGGAGGCCACGCCACCAUGUUUCAGGUGUGGAAAAACAGGGCACGACUCAAGAACCUGCCGGUUCCGCUCGUCGAAGUGUUACCAGUGCCAGCAGCGUGGUCAUGUUCGCAAGAUGUGUCCCGGACAAGCAGACAGCAGAACGAGAGAACCGUUAACGUGGCCACACCAGCAAAUUAACGCUGUGCAUCCAUCAGCAGGAAACAGCAACGAUCCGGGUGCAGAAGCUCUGUUCCUCGUUGAAACGACAGAUAAUCUUGUUGGAAACAUUCACACCGUAAAGGCCAUAAUGCGCACUCUCCUUUGGAAUGGAAUAGCGAUCAAGAUGCAGUUGAACACAGGGUCCCCGGUUUCUAUCAUCACUUGGCCCACCUACGUACAGAUCAAGAUGCCUGGCCGAACCUGCAGGAAUCGCCGCUCAAGUUGUCAUGCUUCCUUGGACCACUGCCGGUGCGCGGCCAGUUAA